AUGCCCAAAGACGACGCACCCACGGAAGCCGAUCCAAGAGACGCUCCCCAGAGAACGGACCAAGAGCUGCUGAAGGAAGAUGAGGAAUUAUUCAAACCCACACCAGAGCUCCUUGGAGUCGGCGCGUCCGCCCCCGACACCGAUCAAGAUCCGCUACUCAAGCAAAGAUCUGGCGCAAACUACGACAGACUGCUGGAGCAAUUGCUAGGCAAGAAAGCUGCUAGGGGCCACAGAGCUACUUCUAAGCCUCAGCCUACUCAGACAAAGCCUAUAUCGCAGAAGAACGCUUCGAAUCAGGUAGACGCCGAUGAAGAUGACGAUGAAGAGUCAAGAGCGACUAUGGUUGCCUCCAAUUCGGCCCUGAAGAGAAAGGGGCCUUCCCGCUCCACUAUUCGCAACACCGGCACCACGUCUCAGGAUCAGAAGAAAACUGAGCCAUCAUCAGACGAUGAUGCAGAUACAAGGCCAAGCAAGAAGAGAUCCGGAACAUAUCUUGAUCAACUUCUUGCAGAGAAGGCUAGCAAGAAGAAAAGGAAGCAGCAGCAGAAAGGCUAG